AUGGCGGAAUACUCCUCAUGGAAGGUCACUGAUCUGAAAGCGGAGCUCAAGAAGCGGGGAAUCCCCCAAACUGGACUCCGUCUCAAGCAACAAUUCAUCGACAAGCUCGAGGAGGAAGACGCCAAAGGGCAACCUGAGGAUUCAGCUGCGGCUCCAGCCGAGGAAGCUCCGGAGCCCGAAGCCCAGGAGGAAGCUGCGCCAGAAUUCACUGACCAACCAGAACAACCAGAACAACCAGAACAACCAGAACCCGAGAACAGACAGCCAGAAGUACCGGAAGCCCCUCCUGCACCAGAGCAACAACCCCCCGGGCCCGAGAAUGGCGCAGCCGAAGCGCAGAGUGAAGGAAAUUCUACAGAGGAUGUGUCGCGGGAUGUACCAGAAGUUGUCACCACACAGGCGCCAGCUGAGGAACAAGGGCCCAAAGAGGUCGCCCCCUCCGAGGUGACCGCACCGACAGCAGAGCCCGCAGAGCCCGAAGAGCCCGAAGAGCAAGCUCCCACAAUUACAGACGAGCCUCUAUUAUUGGAGCCAACUACGACUACCGAAGUAGCCCCCUCAGUCACUCAUACUUCUGGAGCAAACACAGGACUAUCCACUCCUCUUCCUGUCGAAGAAGUUUUGGAGGACAAGCGCAAACGGAAGCGCCGCAGCCAGAGCCCUGUCCCCACCCCCGAGGGCAUCGCACAAAAGAAAGCCCGAGCGCAGGAAGAAAGUCCCCAUGUCAUACUGAACGAGGACGUUCCUGCUGGAACAGACCCUAAAGACUUUGCGCGAGAGGAACGGCCGGCAGCUGAGACUCCAAAAGAUGAGCCUGCCGCACCAGCCAAACAGGAUGCACGAUUCCGAGGUUUGUUUGCUGUGGCGCCUGCACCUGCACCUGCCCGCUCAACUUCUCCAAUGCGGGAUGUUGCCAUGGAGGAUGCUUCUGUGGAAUCUGCUAUCCACCCUGCAACCCGUUCUCUUUACAUCGACGGGCUCAUGCGUCCUCUACAACCCAAUGGACUUCGAAAGCACCUGAUCACUCUGGCAUCUACACCCGGUGCACCCGUUGCUGCCAAGGUAGUGAAGGAAUUUUGGCUUGACCCUAUCAAGACGCACUGCUUUGUCCAAUUUGACGACAUUGCAUCCGCUUCACGGGUCCGCUCUGCAAUCCACGGAACGGUAUGGCCAAACGAGCGGAACCGCAAGAGUCUGUGGGCAGACUUUAUUCCUGACGAUCGAGUCAAAGAAUGGAUUCAUACUGAAGAAGCAGCACGCGAUAGACCCGGGCCUCCUGUCCGCUGGGAAGUCCAGUACGAAUCGAAGGAUGAUGAAACCACCGCUAUCCUAGCAGAGGCUGGAUCGACAUCGCGCUCUGGCCCGUCCACAAAACUCGAGCCUGGCUUCAACCGAACUCCGCCCUCAGGUCCGCGUGGCAGCGUUGCUCAGCCCGAUCGCCGGGCUUCCAAUGCCCCACCUGCACCUCCGUCGCGACCCGGCCAAGGGUUUAAACCUCUUGACGACCUCUUUGAAUCCACCACCACAAAGCCCAAGCUCUACUUCCUUCGUGUACCUAGGGAGGUGGCUGACAAGCGGUUGGAUCAAUUUGACGAGCUGAUUCGCAAGGGCCAGUUCCCGCGCCGUGGCGGAGACGAUAUGCGUCGGAUCACUUUCGAAGACGAGGAUCGCUUCGUGGAUGGUGGUCCGGAGUAUGGCCUAGGAGCUCGCCAGGGACGCCGAGGAAGAGGCAAUGGACGAGGUGGAGGCGGUGGACGCGGCGGGGACGGUCGUCGCCGAUGA